UGGGAUUGAAAUAUAGUGAGAAUGGAGCAAGAUCUCAAACAUCCCACGCCCUCUUUCAAUGCUAUUCCUGAUGAUGAUGCACAUAAUCAAGAAAUUAGAAUUGUGAUGCAGUCUGAGGUUGAUGCCUUUCAACCAACGCCCCUCCACCUUGCUUCAAAAAAUGGAGACAUCGACACCGUUCGAGCUUUGUUGAAGAACAACACGGGUGCUUGCUUUGUUUACGAUAACGAUGGGUUCAUUCCUCUCCAUUAUGCAGUAAUUAAUGGACAAGUCGACAUCAUGAAAGAGCUUAUCAAUGCAACACCACAAUCUAUUUGGAUGAAGCUCAAAGAUGGUCGAACUGUCUUGCAUUUAUGUGUAGAAAGUAACCAUUUAGAGGGUCUAAAGCUGCUUAUUGAAACAUUUAUGAAUUGUCAUGAAGGUUUCUUGAAUACAACUGAUGACGAGGGGAACACGAUUUUGGAUUUAUCAAUCAAACUCAGACAAAGUGAGAUGGUAGGAUAUUUACUCUCGCUCUCUGAAGUAAAAACUAGAGUAAGCACAACUUCAAAUGUUAGAAAAAGAAGUCUAGAAUCUCGAAAUUCUAAAAAACAAAGACGAGAAUCUGCAUCAUUUAGAAUAGGGCGGUGGAAGGCAUGGAGGAAGAAAUUAAAAUACAAAGGAGAUUGGGUUCAAGAAGUGCAAGGGACAAUGAUGUUGGUGGCUACAGUAAUCGCAACCGUGACUUUUCAAGCUGGGGUGAACCCUGCAGGCGGUGUUUGGCAAGAAGACACUCCAGACAGUGCUACUUUGAAAAAUGGGACAAUUCACCGAGCUGGAAGUGCAAUUAUGGCAUACCGACUACCAGUACAACACUUAGUUUACUCAAUGGCCAAUGUGGUCUCGUUCAUGGCCUCUGUAAGCGUGAUUCUGCUAAUCAUCAGUCGAGUUCCACUAAAAAAUAGAGUUUGUAGUUGGGUGUUAGUGUUGGCCAUGUGUGCGGCAGUAGUGUUCUUAGCAUUGGCCUUUCUACAAGGAUUUAUAAUGGUUAACCUCAAGCCUCUCAACGAUCUUCCUGCAGCCAUUGGAUAUUAUUUCGCAUUAUACUUUUUGUUCGGGUUGGUCGGGUUGGUUGGUCUAAUCCAUUUAAUUCGUUUUCUUGUUUGGGUGGUCAACAGCUUAUUAUGUUGUUUCACCUCUAAGUUUAAAGCCCACAGCUUUAAAUGUAUCGUAUCUUAAAUAUUAUAUAAAUUCAAUCAAAUUAUUUUAA